CUACACUUCACCUACCCACAAUAAAAUCUCCAUAUAUAAUUGAAACCCUACUUUCAUCUAUAUACAUCUUUAAAAAAGCGAAAAAUCCUCAUUCGAUCGCCUAAUUUCCGAUCCUUCUUUUGCUUCAAAUGUUCAUGAGAUCAUUAGAUAUGUGAAGAUAAUGAACAACAUGAGUCAAAAGAAGAUCAUAACAACAUUAAAGUUAUCAUACAAGCUAUGCAAGUGUGGAAGAUGGAGGUGAUACAAGAGAUGAUGGAAAGGCUAAGAUCAAUAGUAGGCCCAGAGAGUUGGGAUUACUGUGUGUUUUGGAAACCGUGUAAAGAUCAAAGGGUGAUUGAAUGGGUGGAUUGCUGCUGUUCUGGGAGUAAUGUAAGGCAUAUGAACGGAAAUGGUGGAGAACAUGAUCAACAACUGUUGUUUCAAUGCAAAGAUGUGGCAUUUCAUCACCCAACCACUGAUGCUUGUCACCUUCUUUCUCUUUUACCACCUUCCAUGCCUUUUGACUCUGGAAUUUAUGGACAAACCAUGAUAUCUAACCAACCAAGAUGGCUCAACUUUUCCAAUAGCUCCGAUUCAAAUUUUUGUGAGGAAAAUCUAGGAACGAAAGCUUUGAUUCCUGUUUCAAUUGGGCUUGUAGAACUCUUCGUAUCGAAACAAAUAGCUGAAGACCAAAGCAUAGUCGCUUUUGUGACCGAUGUGUUUAGCAAGUCACUCGAACAACAUUCUAUGUUAAACACAAGCAACAAUGUGGCAUCAAGCUUCUCGGUAAACAUGGAUGGUUUAGAAGACGGUGAAUCAAAGGAUUACAUAGCUCAAGUGUUGGAUGAUCACAAGGAUCCAUGUAACAAUUUCCAGCCACCAAUUUCCCCGGCGACCAUUUUGGAAAACCUGAAUCUGUCACCACACAAUAUCUCUGAUAACCAUAUGCAUCCAAUGAACUUCUUACAACACUUUAACUAUGGUGAAAACAGAAGCGCGAAGAACAUGUUCUUGGAAGGCACGAGGGAGCCUAUGAUGAUGAACCAUGACGACCCUUUUGAUCCUAGUUUGGAGGACAAUGGCGGGUUUGACCACGAGAUAGAUAUGGCGUUGCAAGGCCAAAUGAUGAGUGAUAGCAACAAUAAGGGGCAUCUCAUGGAUCCCUUAGAGAAUAAUUCAAAGAAGCAAGGGAAUGAUGUAAACCGUUCGGACUCUGUCUCUGACUGUAGUGAUCAAAACGAUGAUGAUGAUGAUCCUAAAUGUCGUCGUAGGAAUGGCAAACCACAAUCCAAGAACCUCAUAGCGGAGCGUAGAAGACGAAAGAAGCUUAAUGAUCGACUCUACACGCUUCGCUCUCUAGUACCGAAAAUCACAAAGUUAGAUAGAGCUUCGAUUCUAAAGGACGCGAUCGAGUAUGUGAUGGAGUUAAAGAGGCAAGUAGAAGACCUCCAAAAUGAGUUGGAAGAGAACUCAGAUGACGAGGAUACUACGAAUAACGAGAGCACCAUUGUUGAGCAAGAAGUGAUGCAUGGCAAUGGAAGUAAACAAAAGCGUAGAUAUAGCCAAGGUCAUGGGAUGUUCAUGAACGGGCCUCAACCCGAAGCUUAUUCAGUCAUUGGUAACAAUGAAGUCACCAAACAUAACCCGGACGUUGAUGGUGCUAGUGAAAAAGGACAACAAAUGGAGCCGCAAGUGGAAGUCGCUUCAUUAGAUGGAAAUGAAUUUUUUGUGAAAGUUUUUCGCGAGCACAAACCAGGCGGGUUCGUGAGGUUAAUGGAAGCCUUUAACUCUCUUGGACUUGAAGUGACUAAUGUCAAUGUUACUAGCUUCAGAUGUUUGGUUUUAAAUGUCUUCAAAGUUGAGAGGAAAGACAGUGAAAUGGUGCAAGCCGACCAUGUUAGGGAGUCGUUGCUCGAGAUAACACGAAACCCAUCUAAGGGGUGGCCGGAGACUUCCACAAAAGCAUCGGAGAACGGGCAUGGCAUGAUGGAUCACCACCACCACAACCACAACCACCACCACCAUUCUCACCUCCAUAACAACCAACCAAAACCUCAAUACCACUUCAAUGCAAUGUAUCAAGUCCUUAACUAAGCUUUCAAGUGUUGAUAAGAAUGAAGCCCUUGGAACUUGUCCAUUUAUCUUUUUUAGUAUCUAUGUUUUCUCUUGUUAUGGAACACAUGAUCUGGUGUGGCAUGUAGGAACAACCUGCUGUCUUUUUCUAAUCAAUAAAUUGCACUUUCUGCUGCUGAAUUAACAUUA